AUGGCUGUAGAAAGGGUUAAAUCCCUGCAGAGGGAAGUGGUUUUGGUGAGGAGUUUGUUGGAAAUCUUUGGUAUAUUAUGCGGUUGUAGCGGCAUUUGCCGUUGUGGUUGUGUUGAAGGUUGUGGUUGCGGUUGCUGUUAUGUUUUUGGUGUCGUUUGUGAUUGUGGUGGCGGGUGCAGUUGGGUUGGCGGUUGCGGUGAUGGUUGCGGUUCUGUUGGCGCUUGCGGUUGUGGUGGCGGUUGGGGUGGUCGUCACAGUUUUGGUGGCGGUUGCGGUGAUGGUUGCGGUUCUCUUGGAGCUUGCCAUUGUGGUGGUGGUGUUGGCAGUUGUGGUGGUUGUGUUGGUUGCGGUGGCGGUUGUGGUUUUAGUGGCAGUGGUGGUACAGUGUUGGCAGUUGUGGUGAUGGUGUCUGUUGUGGUUGCGGUUGUGGUUGCAGUGGCGGUUAUGUUGGCAGUUGCGGUUGUGUUGGUGGUGGUGGUUGUGUUGGCGGUUGCGGUUGUAGUUGUUGUUGUAUAG